AUGGAUAACGAAGAUGACCCUAUCGUGAAAGCAUAUAAAGAGCGUGGCUGUCAAAGUCAACCAACUCAGCACACACACCCCACUCCCCGCACAUCCCCACUUCCCACACACAACAACAAUUCCUCGGAACAACUUCCCCCCGUCGAAGUAACCAGCAACGACACAACAUCGUUGACACACACAAGACAUUCGCGCGAUUCACAUUCUGGAAUCAAUGUCGAGACAAUCGGCAGAGAGGGCAUCGCCGGCUUUGACGAUGGGGCCGAAGGCUCCGUCAACGUCCAUGCUAAUGCCUCCAGCACCAGCACAUCUAGUCACGGUGCCCUUCAACCGAACACAAUCAAAGAGGACCAGCCCUCCUCCACAGGAUUGACGUCCUCCAACCCGAAGACAGUGCAAGCUGCGCAUGUCGUCGAAAAGAAACGUAAACGAAAUGCCAAGGUCCUUGAUAGCCAGCCACAGGCAUCGGGAUCUUCCACCGAAAGUCCGCAAAAUUCUCGUGAAGAACUUCCGGGAGUCUCCUCCCUGCCCCCUCCCAAGCCGAAGGCUCGUAAAAAGCGUGGCCAUGGGUGGACCCGCAGAAAAAUUAGAAGGGCGACUACUCAAGGUUGUGCUGUCCGGGUAGGCGGCAAACGCCCAGUCGAGGGCGUCGAUGGCGAAGAAGACGAGGCAAGGCCAACGAAGAGGCGGCGUAUUAGUGAGGAGGCCGUUGCGGGGCCAUCCAACGCACGUUCAAUGUCGUUGGACAACACGAUUGGUGCGACCAACAUCCGUCAGCUGCGAUCGCGCAGCAUCGUCUCCCCCGCAGAUCCCGCAAACGAGGGAAGCGACGAGGGAAACAGGACGACGAGGUCGUCAUCUCCAGAUCGUGCAUCAGAACGACCGACUUUAGAAGAUACACUAGAAAAUGAGGUAGACUUCACUCUCAUAAAAACAGAGGAUGAAGAGGAGGAUCACCUCUGGGAUACUCCUCCGCCUCGGGAUUUGAGUCUGCUGAUGCCAGAAUACGAACUGGUAACCGAGGACACGUCCCGAUUUGACAGUAACCGGAGUACGCCGGAGCUGACGACUGGACGUGACGGGUCCCAUAGGGAUAGAAGCGAAUCGGCCGGCUCAACGCCCGUAGGAACGCCGCGGGCCCAAUCAGCGGACGUCCAAUCGUUUGAUAGAUCCCUUGUGAUCGUUCUUCCGGGAACGAUGGAGGAAGCGGAGCCACCAGACGAGUUGAUGGACGUUCGGGAUGAGGGUGAGGACGAGGACGAGGACGAGGGCGAGGACGAUGUUUCGGUUUCUUCCGUCCCCGUUGACAGAAGAAGAUCAAGGGCUCCCAGCCCUCCAUCUCUUCCUCCCCGUCCAGAGGAAGAUGCGUACGAUCAAGAAAGAGAUCAUUCCACACCUCGAUUACGUCCGGGUGUCGGUAAUGUGUCCACGGACUUUGGAAUCGACCAUCGUCAGCAGAGCGUCUGCUCCCUGCUAGAUAAACGCUAUCCGCCGUUUGUCCGAGUCUUCCGAAGUGUAUAUCAGCAACUUGACAGUGUCCUCCGAUGCAACAGCGAGUUGAACGAUAUUGUCGGGAGUCCAUAUAACAACGUCGGUGAUAGCCCUUCAUUACUUUCGGCACGUUUUUCACUGCUUUCCGCUGUCCCGCUUCCACGACCGCACCCUAGCUCCUUCCUCGUCCUUCCGCGAAUGCUUGCUCUCGGCCCGCUCUGUACUUGA